UCAGUCCUCCCGCCCCCCAAACCGAGUAGACCAAAAUUUUCCCGCGCGGCGACGCCAAAUCCCCCUUCUCCCUCCCUCCCGCCACCGCUCGCGCCCCUCAGCCGGCCGAGUCCCCCACCACACCGCCCGCCGCGCGCGAUCCGCCGCCUCUGCCGGCCCCAUCCCCCCGCCGCGGCAGAUCCGGUCCCGUGCCGCAGCGCCAUUCCGUCGAGCACGUCGCGCGCGGCGGCAGGAGGGCGUGGGCGAGGAGGAGCAGCAGGAUGUACGGGCGGCGCGCGUCGCAGCUGCUCAAGGAGCUCGACGCCUGCGAGCCCGGCCAGCUCGUGGUCUUCAACAACGAUGUAUUUGACCAGGUCAUUAGAGAGUGCAAUGAGCACAAUGCACAGUUUCAGUCAUUGAUCAGAAAAAUGGUGGAGCAAAACCUAGACAUUGAAACAACAAGAAAUGAGGACCACUAUGGUGCAGCUAUCCACCAUCUUUCACUUCUCCGUAACAAAAGAUGCCUCAUGGCUUACAUGUACAACCGAGCAGAAACUAUUCAGAGUUUUAGAUGGAAAAUUGGUCCUGUGCUUCCUCAUGAAAUACAAGAAAAGCUCCAUUUUUCGGAGAAAGAGUACUUCAAGAACCACUCUACAGCCAUUAAGUCCUACAUAUCAGAAAUGGAUAUAGAUUUAACGGUGGACAUGGUACCCCCCAAGGAUCCUUAUAUCCAGGUUCGAGUGCUGGAGGACAUUGGUGAAGUAUCUCUUGGCGACCAUUCCAUAUCGUUGACAAAGAACUCACUUCAUUUCCUAAGGCGCACAGAUGCAGAACAAUUUAUAUCACAGGGUCUCAUGGAAGAAUUUCUGGAGUAGGAAUCACAUGUGGUGUACAAUAGAGACUGCGCAAAAAGGAACGGAUAUAUGUUGUCUUCAGAUGUGAAGGCGCAAGGCAACAUGAGGGAUUUCGAACUGUGAAGCUCCUGCCUAGUUGUUAGUGAUGACUUGUAGCUUUAGAUGAAUGAAUUAAACAUGUUGUAUUGUUUCGUAAUAGAAUUUUCAACUUUUUGAAAUUUUACAAGCAAUUUUCCCUAUGAUUCGUGCAGUAUGACAAGUUCUGCUUUCUGACAAACAGUGACCUGGAAAUCCUAAUGUUCUUUGGCAAA